AUGGCAGAUCCAGAAGUGAAACUGCCGCUUGACCCAGUGGACCUGGAGAAUGACUCCUCGAAUCCCGACAUUGAGAAGGAGGAGCAGGAGAAGCGACCUCACCACGUCGAUUCUGCGAGCAGUCUGGCUUUUGAUAUUCAACGAUGCGACAACGAUGAGAUAGUAUGGCAUUACCUGACACACGAGACGGACCUGCCGUCACCAGCAUAUCUAUCACGAAGCAGCUAUGACGACACACGAUCACCACCGCCAGAAUGUCCGGAUGUAAAGAAGUACAUGUCACCUUUCAUGUGGGCUGCAAGGCAGAAGCAGAUCUUGACUUGGCUUUCUGUACUCGCGACGUGUCUGUGUGCGUAUGGAGCUGGUGCUUAUGCACCCGCUGAGGGCCAGAUGAUGCAGAAAUGGCAUAUAUCCGAGACUGCUAUCUCGGUGGGCAUAGGUACCUUUACCUGGGGAUUUGGAAUAGCCCCCAUGUUUCUUGCACCGUUCAGCGAGAUCCAAGGACGCCGCCCAGUCUUUGUCAUCACAGGCGUUCUAUGGGUGAUCUUCCAAAUGGUCUGCGCCGUGACACCAACCUACGCCGGCAUGAUCGUGGCACGAUUCCUAGUUGGCUGCUGCAGUAGUACUUUCAGCACUAUGGUUGGCGGUGUUGUCAGCGACAUCUACGCGGCCAAGGACCGCAACACUGCUAUGGCGCUAUUUGCUGGGGGUGCCAUCCUUGGUACAGGCCUGGGACCUCUCGUCUCUGGUUUCAUCGCACAGAAUCUCGAGUAUCGAUGGGUCUUCUGGGUCCAGGUCAUUACGAAUGGUUUGAUGAUCAUCCUCAUCGCUGCAUUCUUCAAGGAGACUCGUGGCUCCGUGUUACUGUCCCGCAAGGCAAAAGUGCUUAAUAAGUGGUACACUCAGCUUGAAGAGCAGGGCUACUACGGUAUGAUGAUGCCUACUUCCAAGAGCUCGCAGCACACAGCGCCGCAAAGGAUUCGUUGGAAAGUGAAGUCUGAUGAAGAGCGUGCGAGCAUCGGCAAGAUGAUCAGCGUAAGCUUGUACCGGCCCUUCCAUCUACUGGUGACAGAACCUGUGGUCUUCUUCUUCAGUCUAUGGGCGAGCUUUGCAUGGGGCGUGCUCUACUUGCUCUUCUCCGCUGUGCCGCUAGUCUUCCAGACCAAUCACGGAUUCGACCUGCAGCAAGCGAACGCUGUUUUCACUGCUACUGCCGUGGCUGGCAUACUGAGCUCGGCCAUAAGUGUCUACCAGGAAAAGUGGGCCCGCAUGUUCCUAAGUGAGAAGCGUCUCACUGUGCUCAAUACGCCUGAAGGCCGUCUUUACUUCGCUUGCAUCUGGUCUGCACUAUUACCUAUCGGCUGCUUUUGGUUCGGCUGGACAUCUUUCUCGUCUAUUUCGUGGAUUGUACCUGCGAUCGGCGUUGGAUGUGCGACAAUGGGUAUCUUCUCCAUUUAUCUUGCCGUCUUCAACUAUUUGGCGGAUUGCUACCACAUUUAUGCUAGCUCGGCCUUAGCAGCUCAGAGCUUUUGUCGAAAUAUGCUUGCUGGUGCUUUUCCACUCUUCACGCCGCAGAUGUUCCGGGCCAUGACGUUCGAGGGCGCGGGUAGUCUGCUUGGUGGUCUGGCUGCAUUGCUCACGGUCGUGCCCUGGGUACUUGUGUUCUUUGGUCCGAAGAUUAGGGCGAGGAGUAAGAUUGCAAGCCAGAUUAUGGAGAAGCCAUGA